AUCUUAAGCCCGCGGAGUUUCAGUUCCAAGCAGUUCGUCUCACGAAGUAGACACGUACGUCAACAGGAGAGGCCUUAUCGAGAACUCCCUUACCGGUUGUCAGGAAAAUUCGUGUACGCAAACUUGUCGGAACACGUUGUAGUGCGCGAGUUCGGAAAUACCCCUCCCCCAGGAAGCGAAGCAGGGGGUUCGAAGGGUGGGUGGUAGUGAAAAGUUGGUGUUGUUUUUUCGGCGCUAAAGUUCGAAGUUUCAUUCAUCGAUUAGCCAGCGGGGAAAUCGGACCGAUACUCUCGGACUGUUAUUGUUUUUUUUUUCACAUCUGCUUGCGAGGAAUGCGGCUACUUUGUGCCUGAUCGAGUGAUCGAGAUACUCUGAUAGGUGGAGGAGAUUCGACGCAUUUGCGCAAUGUAAACUGGAAGCAGUGGCAGACCUGUGCGUGCAUCUAAUCGUAGAUCGCGAUCGCCUUAGCGUGCGCAAUUGUGCAAUCGCAACCCACCGCGAACCGCCAAAGGUCGCGGGUUAUUAAUUAGCCUAACGGAUAAGAUUAGUGAUUGUUUUGCAUCGAAAGAUUUUCAUUUAUCUUAAUUAACACACUGUGCGGCAUUGGGACGGAAAUCGCGAACGAAGGUAGAGAAGCAAAAAAAAAAACAUAUAAACACAGAGAGAACGUUUGAGAAAUCGGCUCAUCCACGAAGAUUCAGUGGAAGAAAAAUGUAUCGUUUAAUGAGAUUUACUAGAUUUAUGUAUUAGGAAAGCCGAUUGUUGCAGCGCGUCAUAAAUUUUUGCGUCGAACGGAGGCCCGCUAGUGAGACGAGUUUGAUUUGUGUCUUUGCUUUGCUAAUUAUUCGCCGGUUUCUAUUCGAAGCAAGUGGAAACAUUAAUUUGUAGUUAGUGAGGCAAACUCAGCCGCGCUGCCGUGAAGUGGAAAGCGUCAGUGAAGUGAACAAGCUGGGAAAAAAAUACAGAAAAAAAAACAACCCAACGAAAGCUCCUGUAACGGGCACGCGAAGUUGCUCACAAUUGAUACCCCAUCAUGAUGGCGUCCUCUAUCAGUGGAAUCACGAGACAACCUCCCCUACUGUUACUGCUGCUGAUAGUAAUCAAACAAUCUUCUGGUUGCUUCUUUCCCAUCGAGUACCAAGGCGAAUACAUCACCCAGAACACGGUCACCGACGGUGCGGUUCGUUACAGCAGGAUAAACAUCACCGAGAGCGCAAUUCCGAUCUGGGGCAUGUGUCACAAACGACACGACAACAAUGUGGUGCUGGUCACCGGCACCGAGGAAGCGUUCUGCUUCCGCUGCUUCAACCUGAAGCUGGUCUCGAAAAACGUCCUCCGAGUGCUGACCGCCGACAGCGAUUACAUCUCCAAGUGUCACACCAACGAGGAGAAAGCACUCGCCUCCUGUCUGGGGGAAGACGCCCUGCAGGACGAGGAAAAAAGCACCGAAAUUAUUCUUUACAAAUUCCGCGACUGGAAUGGCGACGAAGUCCGCCAGGAGUACUGUCCGAUCCACGGUCGCUACAAGUUGACGUACAACAUCGACAACGGCACCGAGGAUCAGGUGGAGUGCGAAUCGCAGGAAUCGGAAGUGGACAACUGCCCGUCCGGGUCGGCACUGAACUUACGCUUUCGCAAUUGUGCCUUCCGCGACCAGGAGGUCACCUUCGAGUGUCUCGGCCAUUGGCGUGGCCUACGCAAUCAGAACUACGUCGCACUUGUCAACGCGAACGGAGACGCUCGGCUUGGGCCAAAGUAUCGCUGCGCGACCUGGGUAGAGAACCCCAAGAGCGGUGAAAUUGAGAUCUCCUUCAGCAAGGACUCCACCUGCCGGUCGAUUAAUAAGUACCAUCGCAACCAGAACUCGUACGGAAAUAACAUCCACAGCGAGUACCACAGUGAGGUGGUGUCACUGAAGCCGAUUCCGCAGGAAUUCGGCCAGAUCAGUCAGUAUUGCAGCUUCCCCAACUGGCUGAUAGGAAAAUGGGAACAGGUGAUCGUCAGCCAGAACCAACUCAUCUACAAAGAUCACACCUCAUUCAAAACGUACACGAUGAAGUGCGUGAAGAACCACACCAAUCACGAAGCCGAUAAGUACAUCGUUUACAGUCAAACCCAAUGCGGCGAGGAAAAGUACCAAUGUCUGAAGAUCCAGCGCCGGGACGAGAACGUGUUCGAGUUCCAGAUCAGUUCUCGCUCGGAGCCGAACUACACGAGUACGAUUUGCAACGAGUUCUACUUCAACGACGAUCGCUGGCUAACCCAGGGUCGACUGGACAGCAACAGUAUCGUUUCACCCUGCCCGAUCGUGGGCGAGUUCUCCGGUGUGAUUCCCGACGAUGAAGGACUCUGCGCAAAACUGUCGUCCGAGUGCGGCUCCCCAGAUAUCAUGUACUACCAGAUAUCAGCCUGUGAAUUCGAUGAGAUCUACGAAGAAAGGGAAUACCGCUGUCUGGGCCAAUGGACCCACCGAAACAUCGUGUACACGUACACCCAGCGACGGGACGUUGGCACCUACGAGUGCUUCGUAGGAACGAUGCUCUCCGAUCGGCAGAUCUUCAUCAAGGAAGCCGGUGAGCACUGCCAGCGGGACGUGAAUCCUCAUCGCUUCGGUAUGGAGCUGAACAAGGUGGCACACUGCAGUGUGCCGGAAACAUUCAAGCCGUCCAGCCGGCCGACACACAAGUAUUCCGAAUUGUCCACGAUACGGGCGUCCACGUCGUCCGGCCACAGUAACAACUACAACAACAACAACAGCAAUCAGCAGCAGCAGCAUAGUUCCUCGCCGUCCGUGGUGGCCAAUACGACGCCCUCGUCGCCCGUGGUCACCACCGGACGAAGUAACACGCAGUACACGGUCACGAAUCAGCAGCAACCGAAGCAGCAGCAGCCGCAGCCACGGCCCACGGCGAGACCGAGCGUGCCCGGAUCGGCCGCCGCCGGUACCCGAUUUGUACAGUCACAGCAGUCGUCCUAUUUAUUAUUGUUAGCAACUCUCAUCUGUGUUAUAUUAGGUUGUAAUAAAUUUAGGUGUUAAACAAUUUUUAUUUAAAUUAAA